AAGUGAUCUUCACCAAGACAUAUGGUAAGGGUGCCCUCUUCAGUUGAACCCAGGAAAAAGAUUGUUACAUGCGCAAGUGAAAAAUAUCACUUAACUUAUAGAGGAACCCCAGUCAGACUCACUGCUGACCUCUCAGAGUAAACUAAGAAAAUGAGUGAUGUAUUACAGAUUGUGAAAGGAAAAAAAAAAUGUCAACUUAGAAUAAUUUACUCAACUAAACUUUCUUUUGUGUUUGAAAAUGAAAUAAAAUUCUUCCACAGUAAAAAAUAGUUCAAAGAAUUUGCUUGUUUUUGACUUGCCUUACUGAUGAUACUUAAAGAUUUUCUGUUGACAGAGAAAAGGAACAACACCAGCCCAAAUCAAAGAUUCUCCCAAUGGACUCUUUAGCAACAUCAAUCAACCAGUUUGCCCUCGAUUUAGGCAAAAAGUUAGCUGAAUCUGCUGAGGGUAAAAAUGUGUUCUUUUCUCCCUGGGGCAUCUCAACUUGCCUGGCUAUGGUGUAUUUGGGCACCAAAGGGGUCACUGCAGCUCAAAUGGCCCAGGUGCUUCAACUCAACCGAGACCAUGACAACAAAUGUCCCGAACAUGAAAAGAAAAGGAAAAUGGAAAUCAACUUGAGUAGUGUUGAAGAAAUACACUCUCACUUCCAGACACUUAUCUCAGAAAUUGUCAAGCCCAGCAAUUCCUACAUACUUAAAACAGCCAAUGGGGUCUACGUGGAGAAGGCAUAUCCAUUUGUCAAUAAAUAUUUAGAAGACAUGAAAACCUAUUUUGGAGCAGAACCACAGUCUGUUAAUUUUGUGGAAUCUUUUGACCAAAUCCGAAAAGAGAUCAACUCUUGGGUUGAAAGACAAACUGAGGGUAAAAUUCCUAAUCUUCUCCCUGAUGAGUCUGUGGAUUCCACCACCAGGAUGGUUCUGGUGAAUGCCUUAUACUUUAAAGGAACUUGGGAACAUCAAUUCUUACUGAAAAAUACUACAGAAAGGCCAUUCAGAAUAAACAAGGUUACAAGCAAGCCAGUGCAGAUGAUGUCCAUGAAACAAGAGCUGCGCACUUUCUACAUUGAAAAUCCACAAGCCAUGGGCCUUCAACUCUACUAUGAGAACCGUGACCUCAGCAUGUUUAUAAUUCUGCCAGAAAAUGUUAAUGGAUUGGAACAGCUGGAAAAGACCGUAACAUACGAGAAGUUGAACGAGUGGACUCGAGAGGACAUGAUGGAGCUGUAUGACGUGCAGCUGCACCUGCCCAAAUUCAAGCUGGAAGAGAGUUACGACCUCAAGUCGGCCCUUAGCAGCUUGGGGAUGAGCGAUGCCUUCAGCCAGAGCAGGGCCGAUUUCUCCGGAAUGUCUUUGGAGAGAAACCUAUUUCUGUCCAAUGUUUUCCACAAAGCUUAUGUAGAAAUAAAUGAGGAGGGGACAGAGGCUGCUGCGGGCACUGCAAGUGAGGUGCGCUUUAAAAGUAGGGUCCCCUCCAUUGAAGUCAGCGUAGAUCACCCAUUCCUGUUCUUCAUCAGGCACAACAAAACCAAAAGCAUUCUCUUUUAUGGAAGGUUCUGUUCCCCUUAACCCUGCAUCUUGGUCUUUGAGAAACAAAAUCUUGCAGUGUACAGAAUCUACUGCAGAAGAAGAAGCACAAUUACUCUGUCGGUGUGUAAUCUGGAAUCCUCCCUAUCAGAAUAUCAAUCAGUAAUACUAAAUAAGGCAUCUUAGUAGUCACAUCAUGUCUGUAUAGCUAGAAAGAAUGAGAAUUUAAGCAAAUCUGUACCACACCAACACAUUUCUGCCUUACUGUGAUUUUUAUUUACAUUGCAAAAAUAUAAUGCUAUUCAACUGAA